AUGGCAAGCUCCAAGUUUAUUGUUGUCUUGGCAUUGUUCUUUACCUGCUUAGCUCUUGCUAAUUCAGCCCCCUUUGGGAGCAAACCUUGGGAACAAACUGAAAUGGUGAACCCCAAUGAUAUUGAUACCGGUGUGAAAGAGCCAGAACAAUGGGGUGGAGGAUACACAGGUUGGUGCAGGCACGGUUGCUGCUAUGCGGGACGCAACGGCUGCCUCCGCUGCUGUCGUUACGCUAACGAGGAAACUAACAGUGUGGGGAAACGAAGCCACAGCCAAGUCGCAGAGAAAUCGCCUAUGGAAGAGGAGGCUUCUCGGGUUUGGGCUCAGAGCCGACCCUGA